AUGCCGAACUUGAAAAAAGUGACAAGCGACGUCGGAGGGGAUGACGUCGUCUACACGCGUUGGUACGGGGGGGGGGAUUUCAGGAAGUGUCGGCUGUUGCGGCGGCAGUCGACAAGGGAGCAACCGAGGAGGGGAGUCGGUCGAAAGGCUCGCAGGAAAUCAAGUGUAACGGACUUAAUUCCCAAACGAUCGACAAGAAGAGGAGGGGCAACAAAAGAGAAGAGCGGACCAAGCUCCCAGGGAAAGGUGGUAAACUAAAGGGAAGGGACUGUGCCAGGCCCAGAGGGGACUUAGCCAAAUCAACCACUCCAAGAGGUCGCCUCAGGGGUAAAAAGGAUUGCUCGCGGGAGCACCGGUAAAAACCCUGAAGCCGCGCCUCGGCUAACAAAAGAUAAAACAAACCGAAAGAAGACUGCGGUCUGGGCGCCUCGAACCCGCGACCACCGAGUGCGCGCCUGCGCGCCUCACGACUACGCCAUCGCACCGACGAUGCUGUGAAACGAGGCAAGCCUCUGGUCAAGUCAACUCUACCCGCACAUAGCCUUGGGGGGCUUCCUUCGAGUACACGCUGUCAUCCUGACACAAGACGGUCGUCCUACCGAUUGGACGUCGCUGGGACCCUGGGGAACGGCCAAUCGUCGUCAAGGCCGCAGGCGAGUCGCUCGAGUGGAUCGGCCUCCCCUUCGACCCCAGCGGCGACACCGAACUCGCCUACGCGAAUCUCAUCGAACGGCUCGAGGCGACGCUGGAAGCGGUUCAGCAUCGCUGGCUCACGCACCACACCCGUGCCUUUUACGUCAAUCGGUACGCCAUUCCCAAGAUCCUGCAUUUCCUUGCAGCCGACAUCCCGCCGCCCGAAGUCGUCAAGAAGCUCGAUGACAUGCUCGUCGAUUUCGUCCGUGGGGGCAAGGGCAGGACCAGCUACGGCAGAGACAUUGUGUUCACCGCCAAGAACAAGGGGGGACUCGGGGUGAUAAGGAUGCGGGACGUUGUGGACGCGGUUGCGGCACGGCUCUGGGACGUUCUUCUCGGCGGUUCCGGCGCGAUUUGGCAAGGACUUGCGCGCGCAGCACUCCAGCGAGCUCAGCCCGACCUCGACCUGGCCACCGAUCUCUGGCCACAUCCAUCCACUCCCAUCCCCAACGACCUUCAUCCCCGAUGGCACGCCGCACUGGGCGUUCCGAAACUUCACGACGUGCAGGUCAACCCGAGGGCCUUGACCACCGCGAACCUGCUCGCGCUGCCCACCCUGCUCGGCAGCCUCCACACCCCCAUCAGAGGGAGACAGACCAUCGACGCGGUUCAUGUACCUGACUACCUUCGUCUCCAGGGCUACCCGAAGGUGGCGGAUCUCUAUCGGCGCGAGUUGUAUGCGGGUGGGGGGUUUCACCUCUGGACGCCGCCGGCGGAUGUGCUCGGCGACAACAGCGAGUACGAUCGACGCGGGCUCCCGCAGCGACUGGCAAUCGCGGCCUGGUACCGGUUCACUGUCGAUCGACACAAGAACACCCCCUUGGCGGCGGCGGUGGCGGCGGGACGACUCAACGUGCCUCCCCGGAUCGGCACCAGCGCACCACUCGAGGCGAUCAUCCCCAAGCCCGUGGCCCGCUUCGCAAUGGAGCAGCGCCUUCCGGACCCGGUGCUUCCACAACAGGCGAGCCAGUAUACGCUGCUGAACAUGGCUCGCCCCUACACAGUCCGUCGCAUCCGCCGGGUCCUGAACGCGAAGGCAUUUACCAACAUGCUCGGGCUCAAGGGACCACCGCAGCCGGACGACCUCAGGAGCUUCUGGAAGGCAGUCAACUCGAAGGCACUGACAGCGAGGGAGAGGGAAGUUUGGUUCAAGCUGAUCCUCCGCUUCACCCCGACGCGCAAGCUCCAGCACGAGCAAAAGCAUGUCACUUCUCCCGCGUGCCUCGUGUGCGAAGCGCCGGUGGACGACACCGAUCACUACUUCUUCGGCUGCGUCGACUCGCGGAACGUCUGGACCGCGGCAAGGGGCGUGCUCUGCGACGCGCUCGGAUGCGACACGAUCGAGGACGCCGAGUACACGACACUACAACGACUCUUUGGCCUCCCCAAGCUCAAGGCCAAGCUCAGCGAACAGGAAGGCGCAGGCAGGACGAUCGAGAUCUUCACGGGGAUGGUCUUGGAGAUGAUCAGCAGUGGGAGAUGGAGGAUGCAGAAGCACGGGACGAGGAUGGAAAGCCUGGAGCGGAGGAGGGUGGUACUGGAGGAGAGGAGCAAGAGGCGGGCAAGGGCAGUAGAGGCUGGGUUCGAUUUCCCCCCACCCCACUCCAUACACACACACACCUCACAUGACACAUCCUCAUACAAAAACUGUAUACUAAAUAUCUUUUCUUCAUCUUUCUUUUAUUACAGGUCUGCCUCCGUUGCUCAUGGACCGGCUUGCGUUUUGGGAUUGACUCGACGGUGGCUCGCGCUCUCUGGCUUCGGGGUUCUGAGUUUAAGGGAGGGAUCAGCAGACACAGGCAGAAAGUCGGCUUUGAGGGGCCAGGGACUGCUGAGGUGGAGGUUUUGA